UGUUUGGUCUUUCGUGCGUGUGGAAAUCCAAUUUGUGAGAAGUUCCUUGUCAACCCCGGUGCAGUAUUUUCUUCAGAUUUUCAGGAUGAAAAAUUGUUAACUCGUCUCGUCCCAAGAAUUGUCAAACUCAUUCGGCAUUUUUGGGCAUUUAAUGUAAUUGUGCAAUUGCUCAUUCUUUGGGUGUGUAAUUUAAAAUGUGUCUGGGAAUUUCACCUAUUUACUGAAGCAGCUACGCGGUUUAUCACAGUGAUUUGUUGAAUGUCACAUUUGCUUCAUGUUACAUAUAGAAUCAAUCACCGAGCUUAUUUGGUUAUCAUUUUCCAAUACGUUAAAUUCGCAUUUAGAAAUUGACUGAAGAAUAACCAAUGACGAUAUUUGAUACUGAUAUCGAAGCUUAAAGAAGAGACAAGACGUUGUUCCUAAACAAGAAUUUGAUGAAAAAUGAUAAAACUUAUAAAGGAUAUUGCAGUAGAAUUAAUUUUAAAAGGAAAAAAACAGCAAUUAACUACUACAGUCCCUUGCUGACCAGCAGGUGCGACAGUGACCCCGUCUUCUACGUCCACCAAGGUCAUCUCCCAACCCACAUGCGGAGCCUGCGUUUGUCCCGUUACACGGACCAGCGACUCACCCGACACGCGCCCGCACGUGCACGUCGUUUGAUGGUCACUGGCGGGGUGCUUGCUCUGUUCCUCGUGUCUGUGUUGUGCUUCUUGCUGUCGCUGUAUUACUGGGGGAACAAAGGCUACGAUGCACCGCCUUCUUUGGAGGACCCGGAGUCAAAAGUUUCUACAGCCUAUGACAAGUUCAAACCAGAAAGAAUCAACAUAGAAAGAAACAAUACUCUAGAGAAAAUAAAAAUCAAAGCCAACUACGAAAGCAUUGUAAAUUAUAAGAAUGCGUUGCGGAAUCACAGCGUCAGGUUGCGCUGUUCAGCGGGCACCUGUCCGGCUUACUCGGCAUUCCGAUUCAAAUCUUCGUGUUACCAAGGACGCUGUCAGUGUAAUGGCGAAAAUUACCAACAGAAAAACUGUCUACCUAAGUAUGGUGACUGCUAUAUUGAGGAGAGAAACGACAGCCCCGUUGGGGUCUACAACGGGGGGAUACGUCCCACAGUCUAUUCCUGCCGAUCAGCAGCUAAUGGCAGGAACAAGGUUCACGUGUUCAGUAACUUCGGCAACAGCGCGAGCAAUGAGACGACAGUGGAAAUCUCCGGGGAUUCCCCCGACCCCGUGUCUGUAGUCCUGUCAAACUAUCACAAAGUCCACUGGAGGGUGGUCCUGCGAGGGACGCUAGUCCCAAAUAUUUAUCUGGUUUCCCGCCAUCACCUGCGGCGGUCCACGGUGCGCGUGGAGACAGAGCGGGGGAUGCCCGGACCCCCAGUAAACAGAGUGUUCUCUCACGUGGGGUACGGGGAGGACCAGUAUGGGGGGCACACGGUGUCAUUACUACGGACGGUCAGUCAGCGUGUGGGACACAUCUCAUCAUUUACCGGGGUCGCCUCGGCCGACAGAUGGACAGUUAACUUAGACACGCUAUAGUUUUUGUCAUAAUGGAUGAUAUUGACUUUGUUACAGAUAUUUCGUCAUUAUUUAUAUUGGAGGUUUAUAUAGAUUACUUGAACAAACUGUGGUUGACGUUAUAGUUAUUUGGGAUUUUUUCCUGGUCUCUCUUUUGUCUCUCUUUCCUGACCGUGUUUGUGUUUGGGUGGGUGGGUGUGCAUGCGUUCGUUUGUGAGAGAGAUAUGUCUUGAAGGAGAUAUACAUGUAUGUAUCAUAUUUAUUGUUGACGAACAAAAAUAAAAAAGUUAUUGGUUACUUUUUACCUACUACAGUCGAUCUCAAAUAUAUAAAACGCUGUAAACAAGUUUCAAUUUUAAGCACGCACGCAUAAAAGGCACAUAUAAAG